AUGGGCCGAAAGUUCAAACACGCCCCCCAAGCCCGUGCCGAUCGACCUGCUGAUUCUCCAGCAGCAAAUACUUCUUUUGGAAGUGACGCUGGCAAGGCUAUCCCUGGACAUUCUGAGGUUCGAGUGGACCCUGUGUCUGGAGAUAAACGCCGUCGGCGGCCACAGUGGAUGACGCGUCUGCGCAACAACCCAGCCAAUGUCGUGGAACAAGAUACCAGCGAUAGCGAUGGCAGUUUCAGCCACUCCAAGCAGAUUGACGACGAUACCCGCGAUGACGACGACGACGAAAUUGAGAUAAUGACGCCUCGCAACGUCAGCAGCGAGAUACCCCGUUCUUCUGUCUUCCGACGAGUCAGCACUGAGGUUGUGCCUGCACCCUCUUCUCCCGACGACUACCAGCGCAAGGUCAGUGGUGACAAGCCCAGAAAGGUCACCUUUGACAGUUCGCCCACUAGUACCAAAAAGACGGUCGUGGCUGCCAAGAGCAUUCUCAAAAAGCCCGAGCCGGAGCCCUAUGCUGUCAUGUUGCCCCUGACACCCACACGGGUGCUCAAUCAGGAACAGCCAGUGGCCUCCAUUUCUACUACGGCAGAAACCCAUCCUAGUCAGUCGAGCAGAGGUUCUAGCCGGCCUCACCGCCUGCAUUUGCCUCGAAGACCCAGCCGGUCCAGCACCUUGGAUUCGGUGAUGGGCAACGCCCCGGUCGCAGAAGCGACCCGGGCUGACAAACCACUUCUGGUGACAGUUGACUCGUCCUCUUCGGAGUCAUCGCCAGAAGCCCCCACCAGCUCCCUGGCCAAGGAGAUUGCGAGGGAGCUGGUCAAGGAAGUCAAGCUGCUCCAGCCUGCGCCUCUGCUGCCUUCACGCCCUCGGGGCUCGCCGCCUGUGUUGUCACUCGACACGCCGGCUGAAUCAAGCCCCAGUCAGAGCCAUGCUCAUCGAACCGGCCGUCUUAGUGUCCGCCGUCGCCAGCAGGCCUGGAGACAGCGUCGGGUAGUUCGAAAGGCCAUUCGGACCGACGCCUACGUGGACAAGAUUGUCGACGAGAUUAAUGGGCAGGAAAGCAAGCCCGAGGGUCCGACUUCCGAGCCGGUCUCGGAGUCGACUUCAUCCCCUCGGGUUGACGGGAAAGCGCCGUCUUUCUACUGGGACCCCUCUGGGGCCUUUGAAUUCUACACUUCCGCGCAGUGGUGGGAACAUCUGCGGGAUCGAGCCAACUCGGCCAACGACGGGUCUCGGUCUUUUCGAAAGCAGCUAUUUCUGAAUGUGGAUGGUGCUGCUAUGUGGCUACAUGCGACCGUGACUGGGUGUGUAUCUCGAGUUCGGUCUCGAUGCGAGUCUGUGAUGGCGCUAGUUUCCCGAAUUCAGGCUCGAUUCGGGUGGUAUUCAGAUGGCGGAGCAGUUCCAGCGUAG